UUUAUGGUUAGGAAAGGACAAAAAGAUUCAUCAAAUGGGAAAGUGGAACAAUGGCAUCUGGAAAUGGAAUAUACAAUGGAGAAGGAACCUGUAUAGUUGGGAGAAGCCGCAGGAAGCAGAAUUGCUGAAUCAAAUCCAGGACAUCACAAUCGAGAGAGGAAAAAAGGAUCUGUGGGAAUGGAAACAUAAUAAAGAUGGGAGAUACACCACAAAAUCUGCAUAUAAGGCAUUGUCAGAUGGAAAUGGAGUGGAACAACCAGGAAGGUGGUGGGGCAUUAUAACAGUACAAGACAAAGACUGUAGAAAGGUAUUUGAACAGCACCCGAAUGCAGCUAAAAUGACUACAGCAAAGAUUGGAUGGGAGUGCAUCUGGUUCACGGUGACAUGGACAAUUUGGCUUGCCAGGAACGAGAAGAUCUUUAAACAAAAAGAGGUUGACAGGAGAAAACUACUAGAGAUGGUACAGCUAAGGGCAUUCAACUUGAUCAAAGGUAAAAGGGGAGGCUGCUAUUUUUCACUGUCAGAUUGGAUUCAAUACCCGGCGGGCUGCUUAAAAUUUAAUUGUGCCAGUAAGAGGAAAGAUAAGGGACAAGCAGCUAACUCGGUGAAAUCCCCUGUUUGAAGGGAUUUGAAAUUUUGGAGGGAUCAGGUUGGAUUAAUUUUGGUCCUCGUAAUGGGUUAGGUAGCCCUUGUACCCCAUUAAUUUAUUAAUAAGUAAAGUAUU